CUCCCGCUGUCUGGGCCUUCAUCGCUGAGAGCUUGGAACUAUUAGACUAGUAGACUACAAGCCAAGCGGUUCAUUGGCACAAAUAAUAAAAAUUCAAUCGACUGACAUUAAAAUUUUACUUUCUUCCUACGCCUUUUGCUUUCGAUCGUUCUUCGCUCCAGUCUUUCGAGGUCAAAGCUCCACAGUUGGAUACCCCUCAAGAAGCUCCACAGUUGGAUACCGGUAUAUAUACCCCUCCUCAAGAAGCCUGAAGUCACAAGCACCGGUACAGUUGGAUACCCACAAGAAGAUCAGCACAGUUGGAUACCCUCAAGAAGCCUGAAGCCUUAACAAGCACAGCAAGCAAGGAUGGACAUGACACGCAUGAUGGAUAACCCUUCCAUUCCGCUGGACAGGAGCCUCGACAUGAUCCCUAUUCAAGAGGAGAUGGACUUGGAAGUUGCCAGCAGCAACGGUGACACUGACGAUGAUCUCUUGUCGAACACGGGUGGAGACCACAACAAUACGAACAGUACCACGCCCGAGAUUGCGCGCAACGAAACGAGAAUGGUCAACUGCAGCAAGUUCCUCGUGGGAGUGGUCAUUCUCAUCUUGGCGUCCACCAUGGGAGUGGUCACCUACCAGUUUGUCACCAAUCAGGAAGACACAUACUACCAAAAGCAGUUUGACAAUGUGGCACGCGACAUUCAGGCAUCGUCCAUCCUUCGUGGUCGAGCCAUCUUUGACAACCUCGAAGGCGUCAGUGUCUCCCUCACGAUACAAGCAUUGACAUCCAACAUGCAGUGGCCGUUCGUCGUCUUUCCACACUUUCAAGUCAUGGGCAUGAUCUCCAAUUCCAUCACGGGAGCUUCCACCUUGGCCAUUAGCCCCAUUGUCCAGGCAGGACAGAGAGAAGAAUGGGAAAACUUUACCAUGGCACACUCCAUGGAAUUCUUGGCCGAAGGACACAUGUACGACGAAGAAGUUCAUCCCGAUUUCUAUGUCGAAACUCGAUACUACAAUGAAACCAAGGUGGAGCUUCCCUUUCCUCUUCAGGCGUGGGAUGAAGCGCCAAGUAUGCCCUUUAUCUGGGAGUUUACUCCUGAUUUCCGUCCCAUGCCCGCCCUUCCACGAUCUUCCUUCAUCCCCUACUGGCAAAUGGCUCCGGCCAUUGACUAUGCGUCUCCCCUCAUCAACCUCGAUACCAACACGCAGGGAAACACCACCUAUUUCAAUCGGGGCGUCAUUGAGAAGCAAAAGCCCGUACUGACCACUGUCAUUAGUCAAUCCAACUACCUCGCAUUCACCUACGAUCAACGCUUCUCCGGCAAUUACGCAUACAUCCCUCACAGCUAUGUCUACUAUCCCGUCUUUGACACGCUCACAAAGGACCGCCAAGUCGUUGCCAUUCUCAAUGCCUUUCUUCGUUGGGAUCAGUUCUUUAACAAUGUCUUGCCCGAAGGAGAAAAACCAAUCGUCGUCGUGUUGAGCAGUUCCUGUCAACAGACAUUUACGUAUGAACUACGUGGCGAGACGGCCUAUUACUUGGGCCAAGGCGAUCUACACGAUCCUGUCUACACAGAUCUCGGCAAAUCCUCCGCCUUUCAGGAAUUGGCCCGAUUGGACGAUGUCGAUGGAUUCUCCUGUGACUACAGCAUGACCAUUUAUCCCACGGCCGAAUGGAGUGAACCCUACUUUACUGACAAUCCAAAGAUCUACAUGGCGGCCGUCGUCUCCUGCUUCCUCCUCACGACCGUCGUCUUUAUCAUUUACGAUUGUUUGGUGCAAAAGCGCAACCGAACCGUCAUGCAUACGGCCAAUCGCACCAGUCAGAUUGUCUCUUCCCUCUUCCCCUCCAAUGUCCGAGACCGUCUCAUGGAAGAAAUCGAACCCGAAGAAAAGAAACCCAAACAAAUGUCUUGGCCCAAGGCGUCCGAGCUGGCACGCACAUUUACCAGUCCAUCGGACGAAUUGCCCAGCCCACGUAACAGUCUCAAUUCUCUCAUGACCAGUGAACGAAUCUUUGGAAGUCAACCCAUUGCCGAUCUCUUUCCGGAUGUGACAGUCAUGUUUGCUGAUAUGGUUGGCUUCACUGCAUGGGCAUCAGUUCGUGAUCCCACACAGGUGUUCUCGUUGCUGGAAACUGUAUACCACGCCAUUGACCUUGUGGUGAAGCGCAGGAGAGUGUUCAAAGUCGAAACUAUUGGUGAUUGCUACGUUGCAUGUGCAGGCCUGCCUGUUCCGCGAAAGGACCACGCUCUGGCCAUGGCCCGCCUAGCCAAUGACGCGCAAAACAAGAUGACAGAGGUCUCUCACGAACUCGAGUCUCGGCUUGGUCCAGAAACCUCUCAGCUGUGUAUGCGUAUUGGGUUGCAUUCUGGGCCUGUGACGGCGGGAGUGCUUCGGGGUGAAAAGGGACGUUUUCAGCUCUUUGGCGACACCAUGAAUGUGGCCAGUCGGAUGGAAAGCACGGGGAUGGCGAGAAAAGUACACAUGUCCAAAGAAACGGCCGACUUGAUCAUUGCCGGUGGAAAGGGCAGAUGGGUCGUACCAAGAGAAGAUAAGGUCUUUGCAAAGGGAAAGGGAGAGCUCCAGACGUAUUUCCUUUCCAUCAAGCCAGAAUCUCGUGGGUCAUUGACUGAAACGCUCAGCUUGGCUGCCAGCCUAAAGGACGAAGAGUACGAAAUUGAGACCUACUCUACGCAGGAUGCUUCCAACCGAAUGCGGCUUCUGGCAGCCCUCACACCACCAGCUGACGAUGUGGUUGGAAAGACCACGAGACUGGUUGACUGGACAGUGGACAUUCUUGGAAGACAGCUUCGCCAAGUGGUCGCACACAGAAUGACUCGAAAAUCCCUGUUCUCCAUCGGGAGUCUCGACAACACAGAAAAGCGCCCACCACAGUUCAAGCCCAGGAGAGGCGAUCUGAUGGACGAAGUAGUUGAUGUUCUCUCCCUUCCAAAAUUUGAUGAGAGCCUCUUCAAGAACUACGUUGACCCAGAAACAGUGGAGCUUCCAGCUGCGGUCGUAGAUCAGCUCAGAGAACUUGUUUCACGCAUUGCCAAAGCCUACAACAACAGAAACGCUUUCCAUUCAUUCGAGCACGCAGCGCAUGUCAUCAUGUCCGUAACAAAGAUGAUGACCAGGAUUGUCAACCCCAUCGAUAUCUCCCGUGAAAAGGGUCCCGAAUACAAGUUUGCCUCAACUUUGCACCAGUAUGUAAACAACUGUUGAAUGUCG